AUGGAAGAAGAGAAUGGGACCGUGAAGACUGAUUUCAUCCUGCUGGGAUUUAGUGACCACCCAGAACUUCAGAGACUUCUUUUUGCUGUAUUCUUUUCCAUCUACUCUGUGACGCUGAUGGGGAACCUUGGGAUGAUUUUAUUAAUCACAACCAGUUCCCACUUGCACACUCCUAUGUAUUUUUUUCUCUGUAUAUUGUCCUUCAUAGACGCAUGCUACUCUUCCGUGAUUGCUCCCAAACUACUUGUGGACUUGGUUUCUGAUAAGAAAGCAAUCUCUUACAAUGGAUGUGCUACACAGUUAUAUUUUUUCUGUUCCUUGGUUGAUACUGAAUCUUUCCUUUUGGCUGCCAUGGCUUAUGACCGGUACAUAGCUAUUUGCAACCCACUGCUUUAUACUGUUAUUAUGUCCAAGAGAAUUUGUUGCCAGCUUGCAAUGGGAGCAUUUUUGGGAGGUACCAUGAGCUCCAUUAUUCAUACCACCAACACUUUCCAUCUCUCUUUCUGCUCCAAAGAAAUUAACCAUUUCUUUUGUGACAUCUCUCCACUAUUUUCCCUCUCUUGCACUGAUACUUAUGUUCAUGACAUUGUCCUGGUGGUUUUUGCGAGUUUGGUUGAGGCCAUCUGUCUUCUAGCAGUUCUUCUCUCAUACGUCUUCAUCAUAGUUGCUAUUCUCAAGACAGGUUCUGCGGACGGGAGAAAGAAAGGGUUCUCCACGUGUGCUUCCCACCUGACCGUUGUUACUAUCUACCAUGGUACCUUGAUCUUCAUUUAUUUACGCCCCAGCACAGAUCAUUCACUGGAUAUCGAUAAAGUGACCUCUGUGUUUUAUACAUUGAUUAUACCCAUGUUGAACCCUUUGAUUUACAGUUUAAGAAACAAAGAUGUCAAAAAUGCUUUUAGAAAAAUUAUCAGUAGAAACUUUCUUUCAUAG